GUUCAAAACGGAUUCAAAUUCAACUGUGUUUAUAUGCAGUUCUAUUAAUUUUUAUUUUUUUCACAUCAUUCAGCAUGAUUUGCUUCAGAAACAUUGCAUUUAAAUGCAAUCGUAUAUCAUUUAUUUCAAUGGCAGCCAACAAGCAGUUACAUACUAGUUCGAUGAAGUGUCUUCCUCUUGUCCCAAUUGUGGUGGAAAAUACUGGGAGAGGAGAAAGAUCAUAUGAUAUAUACUCCAGAUUGCUAAAGGAGAGGAUUAUUUGUGUCAUGGGAACAAUCACUGAUGAGAUGUCUUCUCUCGUAGUGGCUCAACUUCUAUUUUUGCAGUCUGAAAGUUCCAAGAAGCCUGUACACAUGUAUAUCAAUAGCCCUGGGGGAAGUGUUACGGCUGGCCUAGGAAUAUAUGAUACUAUGCAGUAUAUAGCACCUCCCAUCGCUACUUGGUGUGUAGGUCAGGCAUGCAGUAUGGCAAGUCUUCUUUUGGCGGCUGGCUCUCAUAACAUGAGGCAUUCCUUACCAAAUGCUCGUAUAAUGAUUCAUCAACCAUCAGGAGGAGUUAGGGGCCAAGCCACUGACAUAAUGAUUCAAGCUGAAGAGAUUAGCAACCUUAAACGUCAAAUCAAUAGGCUGUAUUCACAUCAUACUGGUCAGCCUAUUGAUAUUAUUGAAAAAAAUAUGGAAAGAGACAAAUUCAUGUCACCUAUCGAUGCUAAGAAGUUUGGCCUUAUAGAUAUGGUCCUUAAUGCUAGUGAAGGUGAGGAAGAAGUCGAAGGUGCUGUGAAAACAUGAUAUGUAAAGAUAUUUAAAAAAAAAAUGUUUAAAAUGUUCUGUUAUUUUUAUCUAAGUUAUUUAUAUUUUGUACAAUAGACUCCUUAUAAUUCACUUGAAAAUAAUUAUAUAUAUUUAUGGGAGGAAGGGAGAAGUUUAGAUAAUGCAUAAUUUAGCAAUAAUUGUUGUAUUGAACAUUAAAUAAUUAUUUAGAAUAAAAGUAAAUAUAAUCAAAAGAUUAUAUUUUAGUGAAUAAUUGACAAAUAUUGUAUAAAAUAUAAUAUUUUACUAUGAAAACAUAAUUUUCUGAUAGUUGAAAGAAAAUCUUAAAUAUUUCUUGUCAAAUCUAUUUUUUAUACUCUAUGAUUCACUUGAAAAUAA